AUGGAUGACCAGAGUUCACAAAUAACAGUAAGAACGAGCACCUCGACCAUUCGCGCAGCCUCCUUGCACGGCGCCCCUUCUGGCGGCUCGAUUUCUGUCACUGUGCCGCGAGGGACAGAAUUGGAGGAGGGGGAGGACGACGACGAAGACGACCCGCUAAAGGUCAAAGAACUAUCGCUAGCUUUUGACUAUCUGAUGUUCAAAAUACAGGACCAGGCCAGCCAGCUCAGCGAACGGGUCGAAGCGCACGUUCUCCGCUCCAAGACUGAACACGAACAUGACAUCCAGACGAUACAGGACAAGUUAGUGCAGAUCAAGCAGUUAGUGGGCCAUUGCGACCAAAUUAACCUGGAAAUCGAUAAGCUCGAGCAAUUGAACAUGAUCACCAAAGACUUCACCCAGCGUCUCAUAGCGGUGCAGAACCGAAUGAACGCCCACGCCCAAAAGUUUAAAUAA